AUGGAAGCUGCUGACUUUAAUUCUGAUUUUCCACAAAGCUACCGACAGUUCAUCCUGAACAAAGUUGAGAAGCUUAAACGAUUCGUUCAGGAAAAGAAUAUCAAGUUGCCGUCUGGGCGUGCAACAUGGGAGGAGCCUCGACAAUUGAAGCCGCUCAUUGAAUUGGACGAAAUCAGGAAGUUAUGCUCACAAGAUGUAUUUGAUCGUGCCUCUGAUAUGUUUGACAGCAUUAUAGGAGUGGAUAGAACAGUUGUCGUCACUGGGAAAAUCAGUGCAUCAGGUUCACAGAACACUGCUGGAGAGAAGCCCACAUACAAUGUUAUGCUUAGAUUGCAUCCCGACGGCACGGUACUCGAGUCCACCUGCGAGUGUCCACACAAACCUGGCAAACUAUUGUGUCAGCAUCGCAUUGCCAUUUUGAUCAACUUAUCCAACAACAAGCUUAAGAAUGAUCCAAUGAAGGAUCAAAUAGACGACCACGGUCUUAUGAAUAGCACCAGUUGCUGCGACGGCAGCAACAACAACAAUAAUAACAAUGGCAACAUGGAUGCAAGGGCGGUUGUAGAUGAAGUCGAUGUGGAACAGAUGACCAAGAAGAGGAAGAAGCAUAGGACUAGCACCAGAGUUUCCAAGAUCAGAAUGGACUCAGACAAUGCAGAUAAAUGGUUCCCCAAUUUCCGCAACGGCGCGUGGUCACUGCUCGUUGCGCUGUACAAAGAUGAGAUUGCCGCAUCGCACUUGCUCUACGCGGCACCCACACGAGCAGAGUUGACGGUCAAGGCCAAGGAGUAUUAUCGACAUGCAGUAAAAAACUCCUUGUGGCGUGGCAUGGCACAGCUGGUGAAACGUGAAAUGGUCAUGGUCUCUGGCAAGGGCCGAUUUGAACGCUACAAACUGACACCAAGGGGUCGAGUGAUCGCCAAGAAGGUCACCGAACUCAACGACAAUAGCAAUAUGAGCCUAAACGUUGAUGACGACGACGAUGAUCAAGAUCAACAGAGUGGCAACAACACAAUCAAUGACAUCAUGGACUUGGGCAACACAUCUAGCGUGAACAAUCAACAGCACGACGAUCCUGAUCAAAAAGAAGACGCGGAUGAUUGGAGUGAUAGCGACACCGAGCUAAUGGACUUUAAUGAAAGUGAUGACAACCUUUAA